UGUAAUUGCGUCCGCGAGUCUUUCUUCCUUCCUCUUUUUUCAUUUUCCUUCAUAUUCGUAAUUCCCGUCGCGCAUCUCCGCCCACGUGCGCCAUUCUUCACGAUCUGUUAUACUUAACACGGUUCCACCUCAUUAGUAUUUCCAUCGGUCGGGCGUCUAUUAUGUCCCGAUGUUUGUACCCCCAUUUUUAUCCCGAUCAUCCCAGAGGCUCUCACACUUAUGCUAAUGCCACAUGGUACACAAAGUAUUCCGGUAUAUCCCAUAUCUCCAUUUCAUCCGUUCGACUCUUCAAGAAGAACUCUUGUGUCAUUCGACAGAAAAAAAGCAGAAUUAUUCGCGACACGAGAAAAAGAAAGAGAGAAAAAGAGAACAACCUUUACUCUCUCUCUCUCUCUCUCUCUCUCUCUCUCUCUCUCUCUUCAUCGAGCCGCGAUACAUUUCUCUCUUCGCCGCGAUCACUUAAGGUGAUGACAAAUUGAGAACCCCGGGUGGAACACCUGAAUACUUAAUCAACGGAUAAAAUUAACAUUAAUAAAACGACUGUCUGUGGCCGAUCCACAUCUUAUCCGAGGACAAACACGGUACAAACGCUAGAACCACGUGAUAUACGCCUCACGACGAGACCACAGUGAGAAAUACAGCAGUGUUCGUCAGUUUUUCACGUCGUUUCUCAUCGGUGCGUCGAUGGACGACACCAGGAUCAACGACGAAGUGCCGUUCACGUUGAACCGAGUAACGACCAGGAUGGAGCGGAAUUCAGAGGAGUAUCGCGGCGAACCGCUGAAGAACGAGUCGGAAAACGAGAGCAACGACGAGGACUACACGCGUUCGCCGGUAUUGCUCGACCUCGACGAAAACACUAAGCAGCAGCAGCAGAAGGCCGCACGUCGGGAAGCGAAUUCGCCGAAUACUGUACCCGCGGUGCGGGAUCGACGUUUGCAGGAUCAACUGACUCCGUCAGACGAAACGACAACAACUUUGACGACACGAUCGCAGCCUCUACGAGGUGGCAGAUGGCAAGGAACGGGCUACGAAUCGGCACGCCAACAGAAUCCCGAGGGAGUGCUCGUGAUCAGAGUGCCGGAGCCAGAAAUAAUCGGCAGUCACUCGCAGCUUGAAAUGCUCCACGAAACCAAUAUUAAAUCGGUGCAGCAGGAGCCCUCGCAGACUGAGAAAGGUGCGGCAAUAUCAAAUUGCGCAUCGCCUGACUACAAGAAGUCGGCGUGUGAUCGCGAGCGCACUCGCAUGCGCGACAUGAAUCGUGCAUUUGAACUGUUGCGAUCGAAGCUACCGAUCUGCAAACCGCCCGGCAAGAAACUCUCCAAGAUCGAGUCGCUGCGGCAUGCGAUUACGUAUAUCAGACACUUGCAGAGCCUGUUGGAGCCGCAAUACGGCUACACGAUGCCCAACGUGCCCAAUGACCGAUCUAUAGUUAGUGGUAGUAACGGCGGUAGUGGAGGAGGCAGCGGAGGUUAUUACGCGACCGCACCACCAGCUCCACCGACGUCUUACGAGGUACAGCAUCCUACCCGAUGGGAGUCUUUGGCGUAUUACCGGUACGAUUAUCACGCACCGUCCUUUGCCACCCCGUCCCCGCCGACCUUAGUGUCACCCCUGCAGCCGAGGCUACCGAUUGACCAAGACGAGCGACAGUUUCCUUACGAGACAAGACAUUAGCUCGCAAUAUGAAUCAACAUCUUGAGAUUAUUCUAAAGGAUUCUUUGGGGAUGAUAUGGAGAAUGCUUCGAGAAAUUCGAGGAAGUCAGAGGAAGAAUUGGACGGUUGCAAACCUGAGAGUGGAGCAAAAAAAGAACGAGUGUGCGAGUGUUUGUUAAUUAUUUGUAGAGACUGAACCAGCAGUUCUUUAAUCUCUCUUCGUCACGCCGGAAUAUAUAUUAUUUUCGCAAAGUUAUUAUUAAUUGGAGAAUAGAACGUUUUUAGGAACCAUUAUCCUGAAUGCCGGCGACCCCCACAAUCAGGAAAUUAAAAAGCAGUGUGUCACUGUUCCAUUGUCAAUACAGUCAUAAUUGCUAUCGCGAAAUUUCACAGAUCGAUAAGUUUGAAAUUGCGAUCAUAGACGAUGCACAAAAACAAACAUGAUCGAUUUCUAUCAUCGAAUGAUUUGUAUUUUGUCAUUGAAAAUGACUUACCUACAGAUAUAUAAACGUACGAAAAUAUCUUUCUGCUUCGAAACGGGAACUACUGCACAAAAUCCAAAAUAUCCUAUCGUAUCCUAUCGUGUCCUAUCAUAUCGCACGAAGUCCAUUAUCAGAGCACUGCUACGUCGUUCUCGUAACGUGUCCAUCGUCGGAACGUCCAAAUAAUUCUUUCCUAUCGCAUACUUAACACAGCCACUACUGUAGUGGCUAAAUAAUUAUAUUAUAUUUUGUCUGCUGCGCCGUAUUGGGCGGCGUGGUGGUGGGAUGAAUGUGUAACGGAAGAUCCCAGAUCAUCGUCUCGACGUCCAACGUGGACGGUCCCGUCCAACUAGUAGUGCUCUCGUUUGGCAUCUCCACUAGCUUUGGCGUUGUGACAAAUUCAAAGUGCAGUCGCCAUUUGAGUGUCACCAAAUCGGUGGUGAAGUCUGGCGUGACGUGCAGUGGUAUAGG